AUUCAUUUUAUACAUUAGGAGAGAGACUAAUUUUAAGAGAGUAUCUUAAUUGUAUUUCUAAUUAAGUAAUGUAUUAAGCAUGCUUAAACCAAACUUCGCAUGUAGUAUGUACACAUUCUUCUUUCAAGUUUACUCAAGGCCACCGACACUAGCCAUAUCUAUCCUCUCUGGUCUCUAUAAAUAAUCUAAUUUAUUUGUUUGUGCAUGAAUAAUUUUCCAUUUCUUUGUAUAAUAUAAAAAAUUAAAUAUAUUUAUAUAUAUAAUUAAGAUUCCCCUUUACAAUUUUUAAUAAGCUAUCUGACCAGGCCUUGUCCGUACAGUCUCUUCUAAACCCGACUGACUCACUCACUCACUGUCUCACUCAUUCACUCAUUGAUUCAGUACUUCUGAACCCGAUCUUCAUAUUUUCCUUCUUUCUUAUUCAACAAUGGCAGACGACCCAGUAGUAAUAGUACUUGAUCCCAUUCUCCCAUGAUCUCUCUCUCACCACCACCUUCUUCUACUAUACUAUAUCCAUAAUUAUAAUGCUUGAUCUUAAUCUCAACGUCCUACUCUCUCCCGAUUCGGCUGCUUCCGAUUCCGUCGACAAUAAGCUUCUUGAGAGCUCCGGAAGCUUCAACUCCUCUUCCAACCUCACUACCGCCGAUGACGACUCUUCUUCCAACCUCAACGCAACUGCUUCUUUGUUUGGUUACAGCUUCGAUAUCCUUAACAACCACAGGAACGACGAAGUUUACGUCUCUACUACGAAUGAUCACGAUGUUCAUCGGAGCUGUUUCGCUCAGACUAUCGAGCUUUUUCCGGUGGCUAAUAGUAUCAACAACAAUAAUAGGUCGUCCGUACCGAGGAGGCAAUGGUUAGGUUUGUCUUGCUCAGAAGGGACUUACGGUGGUCCAGCGGAGCAGGGAAGCGCGCCCCAACAACAGAAUAAGCAGGUGAAGAAGAGUCGUAGGGGACCAAGGUCUCGAAGCUCCCAGUAUCGUGGGGUCACGUUUUAUCGAAGAACGGGAAGAUGGGAAUCUCAUAUUUGGGAUUGUGGGAAACAGGUUUACUUGGGGGGUUUUGACACAGCUCAUGCUGCAGCCAGGGCUUAUGAUCGAGCGGCUGUCAAGUUUCGUGGAUUGGAAGCUGAUAUAAACUUCAACAUCAGUGACUAUGAUGAAGAUAUCAAGCAUAUGAGUAACUUUAGCAAGGAGGAAUUUGUUCAUAUACUUCGUAGACAGAGCACUGGAUUCUCUAGAGGAAGCUCCAAAUACAGGGGAGUGACACUACACAAGUGUGGACGAUGGGAAGCACGAAUGGGUCAGUUUAUGGGCAAAAAGUAUAUUUAUCUGGGCCUAUUUGAUAGCGAGAUUGAAGCUGCAAGGGCAUAUGACAAGGCUGCCAUUAAAUGCAAUGGAAGGGAAGCGGUCAUUAACUUUGAUCCAAACUCUUAUGAUGGAGAAAUCAUGAUGUCUGAGGUUGACCAUGAUGGAUUUACAGGCAGCAACCAAAAUCUUGACCUGAACUUGGGUAUUGCUCCACUUUCUGCUUCUAAUGCUGAAGCCGAUGAUGCUUACUUUCAGCAAGGAUACAGUGACUUUCCAGUUCUUAAGAGAGACAAGAGUGAGAACUUUGCCACUGUUGGGGCUACACUGUCAUAUCAUGGCUCCCAAAGAUAUGAGGAUCACCACUCUUCGAGUGGCAUAAAUUCCAAUUUCUUUGCCAACAACAGGGAAAGAGAAAUAGAGAAGGGGGUAGAUGUGAAUUCCUUUGUACACAACUGGGCAGCUUGGCCAAUCCAAGGCCUAAAUGGCAGAGCAGCUGUAUUACCUCCUCCAGUGCCGCUCUUCUCUACUGCAGCAUCAUCAGGAUUCCCUUCUUCAACAACCAGUGUUUCACCACCAUCGCUGGCUGCCACUACUACUCAGCCCCACUUUCCGAAUAAUUCCUCUAAUAUCCUCCAUCACCAUUUUAUUCCACCUUCAUCAAUAACCACCACCAAUGGCUUACCACAUUUCUAUUACAGAACCUGAAACAAGUUUGAGAUAGUAUAACAUUGACACAUUGUAGAGAUGGUGACCAGAUAGGCUGCUUAGCUAACAGGGUAAAACAGCAAAAGAUUCUUCAAUUUUAUUGAUUACUUCAAUCUAUUUGUAUGGUUUGUUUUAGUUUGUGAAGCAGUACUUCACUCAUAUCUUUAUCCAAGUUUUUAGUUCAAAAUAGAGAUUUCAUGAUGUCUCAUAGUUAUAAACUUUGGAUAACCAUGCGGAUCCUAACAAUAUACUCUUUUCAUAGUUGACAAGACAUAUCAUUCUUGAAUUUUCCUUAUAAUUGUAUUGAGUAAUUCUAUUUGACAAUUUAAGGUGUUACCAUCAUAU